CAACUUUAAACUCCUCCCCCUCCCCCAACAUGGCGCCAACCCGCCACGGGCGUCUUCUGGCUACUCUGCGUGCUGAUGGCGUGUGACCAACGAAGACUCGUUGUGUGUGUCUUGUUGUCGCUGUUUUUUUCUCUUUGAUUUCCUUUCUUUUUUGUUUCUGGCUUGAGAUGAAGAAGCUCCCGAAUUGGCUGUGCGCGCGCACGCGUCGACGCGCGCGCGACGGCUGCGACGCGGCGGUGUCGGCGGCAGCGACGGCAGCGAGAAGACAACAAUGAGCACUUGGGCCACUUUGGGAACACUUUGGGAGACUUUUGGCCGCCAGCGGCAGCGGCGCGACAAUUGACAAAGGAUGGAUGGGCUGAACAGCAGGGAGCGCGACAAGCUGCCGCCCAUUUCCAGCGCCCCGGCACGCAAGUCCAAGCCUCCGCUGCCGUCUCUGGGGAGCCUCAUCAACACGCUCAACCACAGAAGGGCUCGGGUCAGGGACAGCGAGAUGGCCACCGCCCCGCUAGGCUUCAAGCACGUGUGCGAGCUUCCUCCGAUCGGCAGCCUGGCCCGUCUGAAGCAGCGAACGUCCAUCGAUACUCUGCCGCCGGAGGUCAAAGCGCCGUUCCCGUGUGACCCUGUCAUCCCGCUGCGCACCAAGACCACCAAAGACUUCCUCGAGGAGGCGGAGCGCGCCGCACUGUCUGGCGACUGGCGUGAGCUUCGAGAUUUCUACCUGACGACCUUUGAUGCUCACCCUCAAGCCCCUCCCCCCUCUCAGCGAGAAGCCAACGCCUCCUUUGACACCAUCGAAGACUCGGGAGUCAACGCCAAGUUCAUCAACGCCGUCUACGACUCGCUGCUCCAAACUCCUGAGGACAUCCAAAAGUCGGUGCUGAAGGGAAUCAUCAACAGUCUUCUGAGGGAGUGGAAAGGGCCUCGGACAAAAGAUGACCUGCGUGCGUACUUCAUCCUGGUUCAGAACCCGCAGUAUUCCAGCACCAGCACCUACGUGAUCUACGCUCACCUCUUGAGGCAGAUGGCCUCCCUGUCCGAGGCCGAUCAUCACUUCCUGGUCCACUGGCUGAAAAAGUUGUCUGGCCGGCGGUUCCGUCAGCCGGUGGAGCGCCUCCUGCAGUUCAUCUCCACUCGCCUUUUUCCCGCCGAGCCCGACGAGCUUCCUCCCGCCUCCAAGUGCUCCUGGUGGAUCCCGUCAGCCACCAAAGUGCUCGCUCUGUUCAACGCGGCCAACAGCGUGUCGUCUCCUCCCAUCAUGCCCUUCACCGACUUCUACAACAUCACGCUGGAGCACAUCGACUUCAUGGAGGAGUACAGAACCUGGCAGAGCUACGGAAACUCCAGCAGGUUCUCCUUCUGCCAGUUUCCCUUCAUCCUGUCCACGGCGGUGAAGAAGGCCAUCAUCCAGAAGGACUCGGAGCAGCAGAUGAUCAGCCAGGCCAGGCAAAGCCUGGUGAGCAAAGUGUCACGGCGGCAACGCGUGGACAUGAACCUCCUCUUCCUCAACAUCAAAGUGCGACGGGCGCAACUCCUCGCCGACUCGCUGGAUGAGUUGAGCAGGAAGCGCUGCGACCUGAAGAAGAAACUGCGUGUGACCUUUGUCGGGGAGGCGGGCCUGGACAUGGGCGGCCUAACCAAGGAGUGGUUCCUGCUGCUCGUCCGACGGAUCUUCCACGACGACUACGGCAUGUUCACAUACAUGAAGGAGUCUCGCUGCCAUUGGUUCAGCAGCUGGAAGUGUGACAGCAACUACUCAGAGUUUCAGCUCAUCGGGACUCUGAUGGGCUUGGCAGUUUACAACAGCAUCGCUCUGGACAUCCACUUCCCACUCUACUGUUACAGGAAGCUGCUGACUCCGCCCACCGCACCAUGUGACCCGAAUGCCCCCGUCGGCAUGGCGACCGCCACCUUCGACGACCUGCAGCAGAUCAUGCCGGAGCUGGCUCACGGUUUGGAGGAGCUGCUGAAUUUCGACGGGAACGUGGAGGAAGACGUGUGCCUCACUUUCCAGGUGUCGCAGGAGGAAAUGGGCGUGGUUAAGUCAUACAACCUGAAGCCAGGAGGAGACAAGAUUGCUGUCACCAAACACAACCGGAAGGAGUACGUGCAGCUGUACGUGGACUUCCUGCUGAAUAAAUCCAUCUGCAAGCAGUUUGCCGCCUUCUACCACGGCUUCCACAGCGUCUGCGCCUCCGAUGCCCUCAUGCUGCUUCGUCCCGAGGAAGUGGAGAUGUUGGUGUGCGGAAGCCCUCAGCUGGACAUGAGCGCCCUGCAGAAAGCCGCCCACUACGAAGGAUACAGCAAGAGCGACGCCACCAUCAGGAAUUUCUGGGAGGUGGUGCUGUCGUUCCCCGUGGAUCUUCAAAAGAAACUUCUGCACUUUGCAACAGGAAGCGACCGCAUCCCCGUGGGAGGGAUGGCCGAGCUCAACUUCAAAAUCUCCAAGAUCGACGCACCCACCGACUGGCUUCCCGUGUCGCACACGUGUUUCAAUCAGAUCUGCUUGCCGCCGUAUCGCAGCAAGAAGGAGCUCAAACACAAGCUCACCAUCGCCAUCUCCAACGCGGAGGGCUUCGGCCUCGAGUGACAUCUCUCCUCCCCUUGCCCCUCCAGUUGGGCGCUAGCUAGCCAUUUUAGCGUCCCUGAGUGCUCUUUGUUUUGCUACUUUUAUUUAAACGGACAAUUUGUAAUUUUGCUUUUAUUUAUCGAGAUCAUACUUAAGCACCUGAACAAGUUAGCGCCGCAAGCGUAUCGCAGUAUCGCCGUGUUCCUCAAGGUGAGGUGGCGAGUCCGAAAAUGUAAAUCCAGCUAAGCUACGUGCUGAGAAAGUUAGCAGCUAUUGUGCGAAACGUCACCAGUCUGACGUUUUGUUUUGUUUUUUGUUUUUUUCGCGAGAGUUUGACAUUGUGGUGUGUUUAGACGCUGCAGCAGCACAAGCCUUUUGAUCGGCAGCUGUUUGAGUGAUAGCUGCAACACUGAUGCCUUUUAGCUUUAGCAUUAGCUUAUCAGCGCAAAAAGAGCAGACAAUGACUACGUCCUGGCAACUCGAAGCUGAAUACGAAAUGGAUGACGACAAUCUGACCACUCGAACUAGACAGCUGGAAUCUGGUUAGAAGGUGACAACCGCAACCUGAGAUCUAGAAAUGGCUGACCUCAACCUGACUUGUUCCCGACAACUACAAGCUGAGGACUACAAGAACCUGACAACUCGAAGCUGGCAGAACUGCAGACCUAGACCCUGACAACUAGAACCUGAAAACUAGAAGCUGAUGAUGCAACCCUGUGAAGACACUGUGACUGCCGGCGUCUGGUGUCUAGAACGUGACCACGAGAAGCCGACAAGGACCUGAAGACUCUUUGUCAAUGUUUGAUGUAGUGCCGCGUUGAAGAAGCACACGCUGCAGGAUCCAAACCCUUUUGAUUGACAGCUGCGGCAUUGACACGUGUUAGCUUUAGCAUUAGCUUAGCAGUAGACAGAGUGUAUCGUGAGGAGGAGAAAGCGCAAAAUAAAGCAGGGAGGGGUAAAGAAUCAGCACCGUUGCCCCUCAAACUGUGGCUGCCCCUCUGCUGCCCUGCCGGCCCGGUUUCCAUGGUAAUGUGCGCAAGUUCCCAAAGCGGCACCAGUGGCCAGGAGCCAAAGUGGAUAAUGUGGGUCGCAACGUGGCCCCCAACCCAUGGAGCCUCCAGCGCCCCCCUAAUAACAAGCGGCUUAAUCUCAAAGGUUCUUUGUCUCUUUUGCUCCAUAGGAGUCCCCAAGUGAGCGCUACAACAUGAGCGCCAGAAACUGACGAUGAGAAAAUGGCGACUAGAACCCGAUGACCGUUAAAUAACAGCCAAAAAUUGACUACUACAAGUCGGCGGCUAGAACUUGACAACCUGACGGCGAGACGCCAAUGGCGAACAAAUGACGGGUUGAAGCUUACAACUAGUAGCUGGUGACUAGAAGAUGUCUGUCUCAGCAUUUGUUGUUGUUAGCAACGAGAAUAUCGUUGCGUUGAGACUAGCGUGUGUUCACCUCCUGUGUGCUGUCGUCGAUGAUGUGAAAGUUUGACAUUAAACGUCUUGGUUGAAGCUUUGUGUGGUCCACACAAAGACUCGUCUCCAUUGCCAGAAUGAAA